AUUAGUAUAAGUGGGAAGUAAGGUCGGCCAGACGAGCCUCUAAGAGAGAGUCAGCUGGUCCGCUCAGUUGUUGUCCAUCUCAGCCAGGCUCGUCACCUCACUUGCUGUCAUCAUGGUGGUCCAAAAAGGGAAGCAAGGCACCAAGGGGCAAAAGCAAAUUAUGCAGGAGAAUACGGACACGCUCAACUUCUACCGGAACAUGAUCCUAGGUACAGCUGGCAUAUAUUUUGGCGUGGGCAUGCUCUUCUUCAGCAGUUUCCCGGCACUGGACUUGGCACCCUGCAGGGGAGCACAGAUGCUUUGGUCUAACAUUUUGGGCCCAUGGUUCUUCCAGGAAGCUCCUGAUGAACCUGAGGAGCGCGUAGUUGACAAAAAACAACGGAAGAUGGAGCGUAGAAUGAAGUACCGCUAGUAGUUGGGGUUGUAUUGUGUGUCCAAUGUUUGGCAUACCACAUGGUCAGGGUAUAUGCCAGCAUUGGGCAGUUCUCGUAUAUCCUCAGAUGGUUCAGUUUCAGUUGUGAAUAAGAGGAUUUUUACAA